GCUGACAGGCGGCUAACAGCUGGAAGCUAAAACCUCCCGUCUGUCCCUGAAGGCGGCCGAGCGGAGCCGCGAAUGAACCACGCAGCCCCAUGCAUCUCCCGUGGCCGCGAUGGCAGCGACAGAAACGGAGGAUGCUGAAGCUGUUCGGUGCGCUGGUUGUCCUCGGACUGGCCCUGGCGUGCAUCACCUCCUGGGUGCUGGAUAGCUACGACACGGCUUGGCACCCUAAACGCAGCAUUCGGCAGCCGGCUGUCAGCGGUGGAGAUGAUGGAUCUAAGGGGAGCUCUCCACCAUUUCCCGGCGACCAAUUUAACAAUAUAUUCUGGUUUGUACAGGUGUCCGACAUUCACAUCAGUCGGUUUCACGACCCGAGACGAAUACCAGACUUCGAGAAGUUCUGCACCGACACCGUUGAGGUGAUCAAACCAGCUCUAGUGCUUGCGACAGGAGAUCUGACAGACGCUAAAACGGAGAGUAAGGUGGGAUCCCUCCAGCACGAGGUGGAAUGGCAGGCCUACCACAACGUCCUGAAGAGGUCGCGAGUGAUGGAGCGCACCAAGUGGAUCGACAUCCGUGGAAAUCAUGAUGCCUUCAACAUAAUGUCUUUGGACAGUGUCAACAAUUAUUACAGAAAAUACUCAGCCAAUCAGAAAAUAGGCUCUUUCCAUUAUGUUCACAAUACCCCCUUCGGCAACUACUCGUUCGUCUGUGUGGAUGCCACCCUGACUCCAGGACCCAAGAGACCGUACAAUUUCUUUGGGAUCCUCAAUCAGACUCAGAUGGACUUGCUGAACACAUUCAGAGCAGAGAGUAUGACGACCAAUCAGUCCAUCUGGUUCGGCCACUACACCACCUCCACCAUCGUCUCCCCGUCUCCAGGAGUGAGAGACAUGAUGAGAGCCGCCGUGGCCUAUCUAUGCGGCCACCUGCACACACUCGGCGGCCUGAUGCCAGUCCUGCACAGCCGCCAUCGGCUCGGCACUCUGGAGCUGGAGCUGGGAGACUGGAUGGACAACCGCAGGUACAGGGUCCUGGCCUUUGACCACGACCUGCUGAGCUUCUCUGACCUUCAGUUUGAGCGGUGGCCCGCCGCGCUCAUCACAAACCCUAAAGAUGCACAGUACCUCCACCCAGGGGUGGAGCCGCUGGGCCGCAUUCGGAGAUCAACGCAUAUUAGGAUCUUGGCGUUCUCGGAGGCUCCCAUCACAGCAGUCCACGUUAGCAUAGAUGGGGAGUCUUUGGGGACGGGCCGCCCCGCUGGAGGUCCCCUCUAUGUUCUGCUGUGGGAUCCGUCUCUGUACCUUGGUGGGCUGCACACAAUCAAGGUCAAAGUGGAGGACUCAGCGGGCCGCUCAGUGGUGCGGGAGCAGCACUUCACGCUGGAGGACGGCCUCACUCCCAGUUUCGGCUUCGCGCAGUCCUUCAUCCUGCUCACGGACCACUACAUCCUGGGCCGGGCGCUCUUCAUAUUCACAGUGUUGCUGAACGUCGGCGUGCUUGUUGCCUUCAGGUUCCUUCGUCUUCCCUCAAGCAGAGCACUUUCCUCUCAAAUAUGUAUAUCCCUCCACCUGAUCAGUAAAAUGGACAUCUACUACUACUCCCUGCUGCUCUUCAACCUGUGUACAGCUUUAGGUCCAUGGUUCAUUGGAGAGCUGAUAGACGGACACGGUGGCGCCUGCUUCGCCUUCGGCGUGCUCAUUGAUGGCCAUUUCCUGGAAGGAAGUCUCACAUAUGUUAUUGGAGUCCUUCAACUGGUCUUCUUCAACAUUCCCCUCACCUCUUACCUCUGCUGGAGCCUUCACCACCGCUGCAGCGGCAGCACCCUGCGAUCCCACUUGGUGCGGCCGGGCCGCCGCGGCCGGACUCUGGCGGUGCACCUCUUCAUGCUGCUGCUGCUCAGCUGGCAGGCCCACUCCUGCUGCUUCCUCCUGGAGACCUACGGCGUCACGGCCUUCUUCCUGUCUCCCGUCCGCACGUGGGCUCUGGGGCUCGCCGUGGUUCUGGUCUACCGAGCCUGGACAGGCCCCGUGCCCCUAUUUCACGACAACAGCAAGAGCAACUCUUCCUCUUGACAGUAAUUGCACUGUUACACCCUGAGCCUGACUCUCAGAUAUGUUGCUGUCUCUCCUUAACCCCUAAAAGCCUGGAUUCCCCCCCCUCCCUCCCCCUGGCAACAGCUCUCCUCUUCCUUUCUCUCUACAGAGCAACAAACACUGAACUAUCCUGUUUCUCGAUAGUGUCGUUUACUUCAUAUGCAUGUUCAUGUAAAGCACCGACGAGCACAUUUGUGGACAUGUUCAUAGCAGUUUGUUGAGCGUUAACAGGUAAAUAGACCUUGGGUGCAUAAAGGGUAUAACACGUUGGCAUGCUGGAGUAUUAAUACACCUUGGACUUCUAAAUGUUUUUGUCACAUUACAACCACUGUGCUUAAUAUGUUUAUUGGGAUUUUACUGCAUUUGUAUUCGGUCCUGCAUAGUCAGUGCUUUGUAGGCUUUUGGGGAAUGUCUCCACAAGAGGCAGUCACAUAUUUUCCUUUUUUGCCCUAAGCUCUUUUUUCCCCCUAUCUUUUUG